GCCAACAUAAACAAACAGUUUUCAGAAAAGAAGUCUGGUGCAUUGAGAACAGCUGUGAGACACCAGGAGAAUUGUAGAAACAAUGAAGGUGGCUGGAUGCAGAGGCUAUAGAUCGCAUCUUCUCCUUGAUACCUGACAAAAGUAACUUAUGCAAUAAGUUAUUGCUGCAUAGUGGUAGAAUCUUCAGAAGAGAAAAUACAAGAACUAUAAAUGCAUCUGGAGACCAGCUCGCUGACUGAUGCUGUACUCCAAACAGACAUAGUCACUGGCUAAUGCUUGUGUGAGGACAAGUGUUCCAUGGACACUGGAUACAAAACACAUGCUGAGAAAGAUCUGGGAAUGCUUGAUAUUUAAACUAGUAAACUUUUCCUUCCAAACUGACUUCUGGUCAUUGGCUACAGACUAACCCUUCACUUCUGGAAAAAGAAAAGAAUAGCUUCUGAAAAGGAAUCCACUCGAGUCUCUCAGUUUUACUGUAAACCUCUGGUACUCAGUAGAAUUUCAAUGCAUGCUUUCUCAUACCUGCCCUGAGGUAUUGUAUUGUAGUUCAUGCUGCUUGCCCUGAAGUUUAGGAAAACUUAAAAAUGUUUUAUCUCAUUGCUGGUGACAGUUGCCCAGGACACUUCUCAGGCGGCAGCAAUGAAGGACAAAUGCUGAAAGCUGCUUGUCCCAGCUGUACUUUGCUCCCCAAAUAAAUUCUUAGAGCUCUGCGUGUGUGCUCCUCUCCUGCCAAGUGCUGAUGGUGCAACACUCAAGGACUGAGUCAGUCUGUCAGCAAGAUCUGGAAGCAGCACGGUCCCACAGACUCGGCCCUGCUGCUCCCGAGUUCAAGAGGGCUUGCGCGCUCCAGUGCGUUGGGAAACCAAAGUGCCAGGAAGUGAAGGAUUAUGUUGGUGAAACUCCUAUUCAUAAAGCAGCACGGUCUGGUAGUAUGGAUUCCAUAAGUGCCCUUGUGGCUCAUGGUGCGCAAAUAGACUUAAGAAAUGCCAGUGGCCUGACAGCAGCAGACCUUGCACAUACCCAGGGCUUCCAAGAAUGUGCCCAGUUUCUCUUGAACCUCCAGAACUGUCACCUGAAUCGUUUCUAUAGCAAUGGCACCUUAAAUGGGGUUCAUCAGAAUGCAGGUCCCAAUCCAUUCAGUGUUGGGACAAGUCGAAAGAGAUCCUUUGAAGACACGGAGUCUGCUGGAGUAAAGAAGGCUAGAACAGAAGCUUACAGCUUUGAUGGCUUAAUACCAAUGGUGAAUGGAGGAGCUGAGGACGAUGCUGACAAUAUGCACGUUGAUAGAGAGUUUGCUGUUGUAUCAGGCUUAUUUCUUGAUGCAGAUAUGAAUAGCAGUAGCUCCAUAUUGAAUGCACUGACAAAUGGAUGUGCCAUCAAUGGACACUUGGAUUUCACCGCCGCACAGCAGCUCAGCGGGAUGGAUGCCAGGCGUGAGGAGUGCUUAGCAUUAACACCCAACGGAGUCAUUCCUGGAGUAACUUCUCCCAGUAGGCAUCGAAUUCAUACCAGUAACGGCACCGAGGAACCGGAGAAAGCCAUGAGUAAUUCCACCGACAUGUGUGGAUCUCUCCACCUGAAUGGAAGCCCGAGCAGCUGUGUUUCUAACCGGCCCUCGUGGGUGGAAGACCCCGGAGACACUUUGCACUAUGGACAUUAUCAUGGUUUUGGGGAUACUGCUGAAAGCAUCCCUGAACUCAGUAGUGUUGUUGAGCAUUCCAAUUCUGUCAAGGUCGAACAGAGAUACGACAAUACUGUCCUAGGCACAAUGUAUUUGUACCACGGUUCCUAGAUGAAUGACAUUUAUAUCAAACGCAUAUUGAAAUUGCUACCAAAUGAAACUGGGGAGACAGAAUCCUCACAUAGCAUUAAAUUUGAAGAUCGCAACUUGUUGCUAUUUUUACACUUUGUUUAUAUGAAAAGUAAACCUUUAAUUUGACAGCCUUAUACAAUAGUUGUAGUUUGUUGCAUGUAUGGGGCUUAUUUAGUGAUAAAAUAGGUGCUGUCAUGAUGGAAUGUUUAUUGUUUCAAAUUUUUUAUUAUGGAAUGUUCUGGUUUUGUAUUUUUUUUCUAAGCUUGUGAACACUAUCUUUCCCUUUUUAGAGCUGUUCUCCCUUUUAUUAAAACAAUGUUUAACUGAAUUUUGUGAAGAAAAUGCUAUGUAUGUGCAUCACUUAGAAGUAAAGAUUUUUCUUUUCCGUAUCUUCUGCUGAAGCUAUGGUAGCAAUAUCAAUGCCAGCUCUCACUAUGCAAGGUUGAAAGUGGCAAUUUUCUGGAGCUUCUCUGACUUUAUAGUUUGUACAUUCGUUUGGUAUAAUUAGAUGUUCAUCUUUAAAUUUUUUGUACAAUGUGUUUAAAAAUGCGGAGACAAAUUUGGAGGAAGUUGCUGUUUCACUUUCUGUAGCGUAGAAGUGCUUUUUGUUGCUGUUGGGCUCUUUGCAUUACAGAUGGGAAAGUGGGCUGCCUUUGUUCGGUCGCAGUUGGGUGUGCCUCAGGUUAGCUCUGUGGUGGGUUUCUUUGGCUUCUCUCCUUUGUAUGUGUGCUUGAUGUUUUACCAUAGCUCACAGACCGGAGGCAUGUUGGCACUGUUCUGCUUUGUACACAGUUUAAAAUUGCUGUUACUCGUUAUAGAAUUUGCCAAGUCAAAAUAUUUGAGUUUGACUGUCUUGGAUAUACAUUUAUUGUCUUUUUUUUAAACAUAUACUUUGAAAAUGUAACGUUGUGUACUCUUUGGGCUAUGCUCACAGAAAAUACAUUGUAUUUAAUGCUUAAUACACAAAUCAAAAUUCAUAUAAGUGCAUUAUAUGAGCACUAAUACUAUAAGUUGCUGCUUGUGUUAAAGUGAAGAGUGGGGAAGAAUAUGGUAAAUGAGAUAAGCCCUCUGAAUUGUGUUGAUUUUUUUGUUCUUGUUUUGUUUAAAAAGGGACCUUUACAAAUUGGA